UGAGUUUUGAAGUGGGUGGGAUCGGUUUUCAAUUUUGUCUGUUGUGUGUUUCCCCGAUCAGUGCUUGCACUGAAGGGGUCCUGGCGGAAGUUGAAGCAUUUGCCGAAAUCUCAAUCUUCAAAUCAUCCGCUGACUGGGUUUUCUCAGGUGUAAUUGUUUGUCAGGAACUUGGCGCGGACGUGGGCCUCUGCGAGGACAGGCUGGACGACCUGAAGGGCCUGCGCUCGCUUGGUCUGGACCUGGACGAGGACGAGAGCCUCUGCGAGGACAGGCUGGAGGACCUGGAGGGCAUGCGCAAGCACAAGUUCGGAUUGGACCCGGACGAGGACGAGGGCCUGUGCGAGGGCAGGCGGGGGGACCCGAAGGGCCCGUACAAGACCGACUUCGACCUGGACUUGGGCGAGGACGAGGGCCCCUGCUUCCUGUGUGCGGGCGAGCUCCUGGAGGCGGGGGCCGCCUCUCGGGUCGCCCUCGCAGCGGCCAGCAUCCUCCCGGGGGUCCCGCUCGAGUCCCCCCAGGCCUUCGCCGUCUGAGCUCGCCUGGCGUAUCGACAGGCACAGCUAGCUGCGUACCAGCCCGCGGGAGUGCGGGCUGAGUCGCCGUGUCUGCUCGGAUGUCGUGGUUUCCGCUUGCUUCGGUCGGGGCGGGGGGCGGCCUCUCUGCACUGAGGUGGAUCUGCGUGGGUGUGCC